UCUAGCCUCGGGACGAAAGAUAGUGACUUCAGCUAAAGCCUCAGAUCUUAGCCUUUCCAUCGGUGGCCGAGUAUUGACUGCCGACGCGUUUGUUCUCGAGAUGAGGGACUUCGACCUUAUUCUCGGAAUGGAUUGGCUAUCCUUCUAUCAUGCAGACAUCAGGUGUCAUGACCGGGAGAUCACUUUCUAUCUUCCGGAAGACAAAUCGAUCACUUUCUUCGGUUCCAGGAAUCGUUCACUGCCUCAU